AUGACAAGUACUACACCAAUUAGUAAAAUAUUGGACUUUGGAUCAACUACGAGUUUAGAAACAACAAGAAGUAGUUCACAUUUAUCAACAUCAACCAAGAAAAGAAUAAAAUUGAAUAAUGAACAAACCAUAAUUAAUGAAACAAUAUUAAAUCAAGUAAAACAAGAUAAAUUAAUAUUAGAAAGUACAAUUGACUCCAUACUAUCAGGUCAACCAUUACCACAUUCCUAUAGUCAACUAUACAUCUUACUUGAAAGAUUAUGUAAAUUUAAACAUAUUGAACAAUCAAAAUUGGUAGAUAUAAUGUAUGAUAAAAUUGAACAAUCAUACAACUCAAUAAAUUUACCUACCAACAAUAUAGAGUCAUUUCUUAAUGGGUUUGAAGAAUGGUAUGCUAAAUUAACUAAAUUGAGUCAGGUGUUCAUCUACCUAGAUCGGAACUAUUUAUACCCUCACCCCAUCAAAAAGACAAUAUUGGAAUAUGCGAUGAGUUUAAUAAUAGAUGAUCUACUCACUGAUGGAACAGAAUCAUGUACUAAAUUACUAGAUCAACAAUCUGAAUUGAUGCUAGAGUAUAGACAAAAUGGGUAUCAAGGUGAUCUAUGUCGAAAUUUCACAAAGUUACUCGUGAGGUUAAAUCAGGUCGAUGAUAAAUUUGAAUUUCAUAAUAGAUUAUUAGAAGAUACAACGAAACAUUAUGAAGAACUCCGAGACGAUGAAUAUACUAUCCAAUUCACAAUAAAUGCAAUUUAUAAAGAGAUUGAUUUUUGGAAAUUCGUAGGUAAGGAUGGUUCAUUCAUAAAUGAACUCUUUCUUAAAUUACGUUGGUUAUUAAUUUUUUCAAAUUUCAAUGAGUAUUUACAGUACAACAUUGGUGAACUAUUAACAACUCCAAAAUAUUUAAAGAUCUUAUAUGAGUAUUGUAGUCAUACUGAUGAUGAUUUCGGGUAUGAUAGUAUCUCAACGUUGGUUUAUCAAUGGGGAAUGCAUGUACAAUAUGUAUUUCAUUUGAUAAUUGAUGAGACAAAUGAUGUUAUAUCUGAAUUAGUUAGUCAAUAUCAAUCAUUUAAAACAAUUAGUGAUACUUAUUUUAAAGAUAAUGAUAGUUUUGAAUUUGAGAUCCGCAAUGGAUUAAGUAAAAUCAUAAAUAAAGAUACGGAAUAUAACGUAUCUAUAAUUUUACAAUUGUGUAAGUAUUGUGAACUAUAUUUCAAGAAUAAAACUCAAGAUGAUUUUCAAACAUUUAAAAAUAAAGUAUUGCAGAUAUUCAAAGCUAUUAAUAAUAAGAAUGAUUUCUUUAUUGCAUACAAAAAGGAUUUGUUUAAACGAUUACUAAUGAAUAAAAAUUUGAAUUUAAAGGAAGAGGAAGAAUUAGCUAAUCUGUUUAUAUUAUUGACUGGUGAGACUGAAUUGACUAUAAGUUUACAGAUAAUGUUCCAGGACAUUAAAAAGAGUAAAGAAAUGACAUUUGUAAAUGAUUUAGACAUUGAUUUUAAUUCAUUGGUUUUGGAUAGUAGGUAUUGGCCAGAUAUAGCAAAAUCAAAAACUGAUAUUCUCCUACCACCACCAUUCAAAGAUCUUUUAACCAACUUUAAUCAAUAUUAUCAGAGUAUUAGUGAAAGACAUAAUAAUCAAAUUUUAGAUUGGAAUAAUUAUAAAUUACAUCAAGUUGUAAUUGAUGGAAAUUUCAAUAGUGGCAAGAUAGAGAUUAAUUGUAAUUUAUUACAAGCUGCUAUUAUUGUAUUAUUCAAUGAGAAGGAAAGUUAUACAUUUGAGGAAUUGAAAGAGGAGUUAUCAAUAGAUGAGAAAUUAUUAAUUGACAUCCUACAUUCAUUUGAGAAAUAUCCGAUCAUUACCAAGAAUCGUGGUGUUUAUGUAUUUAAUGAAAAGUUUACUGAUCGAUCAAACAAGAUUAAACUCCCCCGAAUUAAAGAAUCCAGAGUAGUUGAGGAUAAGACUAGAAAAUUAAUUGAAAUUAAUCGAUCUGAAGAAUAUAAAGCUUCUAUUGUAAAGAUUAUGAAACAAUCUAAAGAAUUACAUAUGGUUGAGUUGUUGAAUUCAUCUAUUGAAUAUUUACAAGAGAAGAGACCUGUUGAUGUUAAGGAAUUAAAAUUACUGAUCCAACAAUUGAUUGAUACUGAAUAUUUGAAAGUGGAAAAUGAUACAGUUAUAUAUAUUCCGUGA